AAGCCAACCCUUCUGUCGUGACACUUGGCUCUGUGAUAGAUCUAGCCUCGCUACAUUGAGAGUUUGGGCAUCAAGUACCCUAGAGCAGCAAAACUGGAAAUGUUUUUCGGAAGUAAUGGGCAAUACUCUGUUAAGUUCUUCGCAUAGACAGAGUCAACCAUGUUGCGUUAUUCGUCCUAAUGGAGAUUUGUAUUCGUGGAGACAUAAUAAAAUAUCUCUUUAUUUGGUCCUACACGUCUCUUCUGAGAAUAUACGGCUGCAUUCAGAGGCGCCCCCCGUCCAAGAGGAAUAUCAUUAUUGCGGGUGCUUGUUUUGUAUACUUAUUUUUCGUGGUUUCCCAAGUGGGACACUUUUUGCCGCACCAAGACAGACGGACUUAUAAUCACAAGUACAAAAGUAUCCGUGGGUCUUCUUUGGAAACUGACGAUGACCCGUUUAAAACUGUCUACUCGCCUGCCGGUGAGAAUACAGACAUUGCGCUCUCGGUGGUUCCGACGCGGUCCAACGUGGUGUACAUAACGUUGAAGUCUAAGCGCCUAAAGCCAGCAAUUAUCAGGGGAACAGUGAAGCCUAAACUGAGGAGCAAGACGAGAAGGACCAAGUCCAAUAAUUACGCAUUCAUAACGCAGGAUAACGUUGCCAAUUUAGAGAGGGAAGUACAAAGAGUAAAGCGUACUUAUGGCAAAGACAUUUCUUGGAAAGCAGUUAGGCGAAUAGGUCAGACUUCACCUGAAACUGGCAAUGGCGCGAGGACAAUAGUAGAAACAGAGUCUCACGUGAGUUCUAUUCGAAUAUACAGUGAAAGAUCUCCACCGUGGUACAGUAAAAAAGACAUUGAUGCCAUGCGCUUCCUUGCCGACGGCAAAGUUUCGCGCAUUAACGAGGUGUCAUACAAGAGUGUUCCUCCAUUUCUGAUGUUUGAAACCACAACUAAGGAUUCGCCGAAUCCCUCUCCUACUGAAAAUGACUUUAAGAUAUGUCGGGGACUGUGCGGAAUUAUAAAAAGCCCCAUUGACACCAGCGAAGUAUUUGCUUUCCAUUUGGAUAGGGUCCUGGGACUCAAUAAGAGUUUACCGGCAGUGAGCAGAAGAUUCAGUUAUUUUCAAGAUGAACAGCCCUGCCCAGUAGUAUUAUGGGAUGCAUCUCUAUACCCAGGGGGCAGUGAGGUGAACCAGUCAGCUGUGAGGUUGACCUGGGGUCAGUACCAGAGCUCUCUGAAGCAGAGAUGCUGGCACAGGAACAUCUCUCCCAAGCUUGGGUCCAGCUGCACCUCCGUACACCACUACGAGUGGAGCAAGCUGGCCCUGUUUGACUUCCUUCUCCAGAUUUAUAAGCGUCUGGACCAGAGCUGCUGUGGUUUCAGGCCUCGACCGCAGGAUGAGUGUGUGGAACUGGACCAACAUGCUGAUUGUGGGGAUGAGGACAGCAUCGCACUGGCCAACAUCAUCCACAGGGGUGAUGACCCAAGACACCUGGUCUUCUCUGACAACAAGGGCUUCUUUGAUCGCGACGAGGACAAUCUGGAUUUUAAACUACUGGAGGGAAUCAAGGAACUCCCGGAGCAUGCUGUGGGGGUGCUGAGGAGCCAGAGGCUGAGGGAGCGGCUGCUUCAGGCUCUCUUCCUGGACCGCGUGUACUGGGAGAGCCAGGGAGGCCGCCAGGGUAUCGAGAGGCUGAUCGACGUCAUCGAGAGACGGGCCAGGGUGCUCCUCACCUACAUCAACGCCCACGGCAUCAGAGUGGUUCCCAUGAACGUGUGAUUCAUGUGGAUGUGUGAUUCAUGUGGAUGUGUGAUUCAUGUGGAUGUGUGAUUCAUUUGAAUGUGUGAUUGUUAUGAAUGUGGGAUUUCUAUGAAUGUGGGAUUCAUAGUAAUGUGUAUUUGCUGUGAAUGAGUGAAGGUGUCAUGUAUGAAUAAGAUGCUUGGAUUCAAUCAAACACUGUCCAAAUAGUCCUAGUUUUUAUUCUUUGCUGUCAACAUGUAUUUGCUGCCGUUGUGUGACCCACAUUAUACAGUACACCUCUCAACUUUGAAAUAUUGUCAGCUCAAGCCAGAUUUAGGUUCACAUCCACAAAACCAAAGCUAUGACUGUCUGUCCUUCAAUCCAAAUCUAUCAUGAACCAAAUGGCCUUUUCAUUGUGCUUGGUUGUCAAUUCAAGCAACCAUACUUUGUAUUAACCUUGAAUGGAAUGCACUGCACACGAGUUAGAGACUUUCCUGUUACCAGUGUGUGUGACUGGAAUGUAGAUAUUUAAAAAGCCUCUUAGCUUAACAAGCUAAAGCAUAAACUUCUGCUCCUUGGCUUUAGUCUAGAGUACAGGCCUUUUGAAAACUUUUAAUUUGUAAUAUAGCUUAUUUUCCUGGCUGCUAAAUGUAGUUUUUUUUGUACCUUAAACUUAUCUUGUAAAAUAUUAGUGGAUUUUUUUUAAGGUCUCUUGCAUGACUGAAAAGGAACAUUUAACGACAACUUGUUUUUAACUGUAUCUGUUUGUUGUAUGUGAGCGAAUGUUGGCACAGGGUUGUCAUGACCAGAGCAGAAAAAAUAAAUCGAACCUUAUUUAAAAAAU